CGUCCCUUCCCCGUACGCCGGAACAAACAUGGCCACCGAACUGAACCCCGACGGAUGGGAUGGAGGAGAGCCCGUGGUGGCUGACGACGCCGGUGCCACCGAUGGGUGGGUCGAGACGGAGGUGGACGCGCCGUUGGCGGUCGAGGAGUCCGGCAUCUCGGACGUGCAGCUCUUCAAUAAGUGGACCUUCGACGACAUCGAGAUCCGCGACAUCUCCCUGGAGGACUACAUCGCGGUGAAGGGCAAGUACGCUACCUACCUUCCCCACACGGCCGGCCGCUACCAGAAGAAACGCUUCCGCAAGGCCACCUGCCCCAUCGUGGAGCGCCUUUGCUGCGCCUUGAUGCGCAAGGGCCGCAACAGCGGCAAGAAGCUCAUGGCAGCCCGCAUCGUCAAGCACACCCUGGAGAUCAUCCACCUCCUCACCGACCAGAACCCCGUCCAGGUGCUCGUGGAUGCGGUGAUCAACUCGGGGCCCCGGGAAGACUCCACGCGCGUGGGAUCCGCCGGUGUUGUGCGGCGCCAGGCCGUGGACCUCUCGCCUUUCCGCCGCGUGAACCAGGCUCUGUACCUGAUCACCACCGGCGCGCGCGAGUCGUCCUUCCGCAACAUCAAGACCAUCGCCGAGUGCCUCGCCGACGAGAUCAUCAACGCCGCCCGCGGGUCGUCGAACUCCUACGCCAUCAAGAAGAAGGACGAGAUCGAGCGCGUGGCCAAGGCUAACCGGUAGAUUUUCUCGCGGCUAGUUUCCCCCAUCGGAAGGAAGGCGAGCCGGACGACGGCCUCCACUCUUCUGUCCUGUCGUGUACCGCCGCUUUUUUCUGAACAAGACAUGCGUCUCCUUGCGGAGAUGUUGGGUCUUUUGUUUUGAGACUUGGGGCUGAUGGGCUGUAGGGCGCGCACGCGCGCGGUCUCACGAUUUUUGUGGGGGUGUGGUGGUGGGCCUCUGACUCUUGUUGCUUCCGAGAGGGGGGGGGGGGUUGUUCUGACUACUAUGGGGAGGUCGACGGAGGGAGAGGGCAACAGGGAUGAUGCAUUCCUCUUUCUUCGUCGCUCUGCGGUUAAAUGCAGGACUAAAAAUGACAUCUGAAACGGACGAAUGGUUGCGCUGCCGGUUGUGGCGAGGGUGCGGGGGUG